UGUGAGCAGACAGAGAGAGUAAGAGUGGAAGAAAGACGCUGAACACAGAUAUUAACAAAAUAUUGCGGGCAAGCUAGCCCCGUUUCAGAAAAACACGGUCAAGCCAGCCACGAUUGCUAGAGCGAUUCAAACUUUAAAAGAGUCGUCAGCACUCCAAUAACUUUCGCGGAACUUUGAUGUCAAACACUGCCGGUGCAUCUCGAACAAGCCUUGGCCGGGUCUCGCGACAAAUCCCCGCCCCCAUGUGACGUAGGCAAAUAAUUGUUAAUAUCGAAUGGGUAGUUUUUUUCAUUUUCUUUUUCAACAAGGCUUCGGGUUUCACGAACAUCUUUGCUACUUCAGUUUCGGCUGUUGGAAAUUCGUUAUUUAAGAGGCUGUGGACAUAUAACUGGGGGACUGUAAUUGAGAAGAAUACGUGAGGCGAUUAAAAAACAAGCCUGAUUUAACAGCCAUCUAAUUUCUUCUUCGCUGGAUAAAAUAACAUUGAGGCAUAUUUUAUAACAUCCACUUAUUUUCCAGGCGAAAAAAAAAUAAUAAUAAUACAGGUUUGGAAUUACGUGAAGGCUAUUUUUGCAGAAACAGCCAUGAGUGCUAAUGUUGUGCUGCUGUUCACACUGGUCUGGACUUUCACAGCUAUCUGUCAAGCAUUUGAUGAUGGUUUCUUCAGUGUGAGCUGUGAUGAUGUGACUGGAUCUGUGGGGAAAGAAGUAACUCUCACCUGCAGCGUCUCUCUGCAGAGAACUGACUGCUGCGUUGCAAUCUAUAUGUUUCAAUAUCCUGAGAUUUAUAAUGACUCAGUAAUCUGUACACAAGAGCUUCCUGAGGACUCCUGUGAACAGAGGAGCAUCUUCACAUGCAACUACACUCCAACUACAGCAAUGACAGAAAAAUUCAUAUUCUCACUGCAAACAGAGUGUGGAAUGAAAAGAACAAAAUUCACUGUGAACAUAAUAGAUUCCUGCGAUGUAAGCUGUGCAAAUGUAACUGGAUCAGUAGGAAAAGAAGUAACUCUUACCUGCAGUGUCCCUCAGCUGUGCCUUGAAUGCUGCAUUACACAUUAUAUGUUUAAAUACCCCAAUUAUGACUCAACAAUCUGUAGACAAGCACUUCCUGAGGACUCCUGUGAACAGGGAAACAGCUUUACAUGCAGCUACACUCCAACUACAGUGAAGACAGAAAUCAUGUUUGUUAUGCAAACUAAGUGUGGAAGGAAAAAUACUAAGUUCACAGUGGACACAACAGAUACCAUUAAACUUUUAAUUGCCACUGAACCUCCUGGUCAUGGAUCUAAGGCCCUUGUCCUCACCGGUGUAAGUGGUUUCAUCGUCAUCAUCAUCAUCAUCAUCAUCGUUGCAAUCAUUUGUGUAAAGAGGUUUAAAAGAACCAACCCUUCUGGAUUCCAGAUGAAUUAUGAAAGAGGUGUUUAUGGAGAAAAAGAAAUGGUUGACACAUAAUUAGUAAGCAACCAAAUGAUGGCAGUGUUUCUCUUUUCAUGUUAACAUCAUGAAAGUUAUGAUGUUCAGUUUAACUGAAGUUGCUGUAAAACUCUAAUCGUCACUACUACCAACAGAAUUGUUUUGUGUGCACAGUGAUGUUACACCAAUAUAUCUGAACACCAGUUAAUCAACCAAUAUGGCUAUAUUGAUUAUCUGCAUCAGAUAAUUUUAUGCUUUGUUUUUUCAACUUCUUUUGUGUAAAUAUUGUGUAAAAUAGGUUUUAUGUCAUAUCCACAC